AUGGUGAUAAAAGUUGAUGAACCUAUAGUAAUGUCGCGGAUGUUUCCCGUCUCUACAUGUUGCUUGCUGUUACCAUUCGUUUGGGAGUACAAUGUGCGUGUGCCGUGCGAUUGUCUCAAGUUCUUCAAUAACUUCCAGGUGGAGCUUGAGAAGCUUAACGCAGCCACCGAUGAGAUCAAUAAACUGGAACUGGAGCUAGAUGAGUCUAUGAAAACAUUCCAUCUGCUCCUGAAUGAGACUUCGCGACGGCUGCAGGCGUGGACCAAGCGGUUGGGGACGUGCGUGGACAAGUCCAGGCCUUACUAUGAUGCUGUGGGAGUGGCCACCACUGCCAGGCAGGAGUGUCAGAAAGCUGCUGUGCAGUUCCAGAGGGCUAGUGAAUUACACGCUGCCGCCAAGGAGACGGUGACGCUGGCUGAGCAGCGGUUCGUGAGCAAGCAGGACGAGUGGCAGUUCGACAGCAACUGGCAGGAGGUGCUCAACCAUGCCAUCAUUAAGGUCAUGGACGCAGAAAAGCGGAAAGCGGAAAGCGGACGAGAACAUCAGAGGAAAGCGGCCGCUUACAUCGCAGCUGAGAAAAAGGUGACACAAUUAGAAGAGAACCUAAAACGGAACAUCAUUAAGUCACGGGUUUACUUCGAAGAGAAGAAACUGUGCGACGAACAACUGCAGACACAGAAUGAGAAGAUUGAGAAGUUACAACGACUCAUAGCGGACGCCAAGUUCAGAUACUCAAAGUCUCUUAAAGCCCUUGAAAAGAUAUCGGAAGAAAUUCACAGAAGACGGGGUGAGUACCCGCCAGACAAGGACUCUAUACCCGUCGGUCCUAGAGAGCCCGGUGUCGGCGCAGAAAGAGACGCCAUCCAUGACGAAGACGCAGCGAAAGCUGAACAUGAGAAGGACGAAGAUUCUAGUCUCCAAGAACUGAGGAUGCGCGUCAGAGAACUCGCUUCCAAACCUAUAGAGAAAGACAUUGAAACAGACGAAGCGUGGGCUCUGGAACUGAACGAGACCAUCAAUAAACUCGAUCAAUUACUGAUGAUGAAGGAAAAUAAUCAGCAGAAGAGGUCUAAGUUCACCGCUAGUUCUCCUAGGAACUCUAGCGCGCCCUCCACCAGUACAAAUACUGGGAAAUACAUCGAUCCACCGAGCGACAGCUGGAAGACUGAGACUAACCUAACUAGGACCAAAUCUAUAAGCAAGGAUGUGGUCUAUGAACACAGUAACCCACCGAUCAGCAAGACGGAGAAGUCUAAAAGCAUGAUGUCUUUAGAUGUCCUCGCCUUAGCUAGGGACACGAAUAUGAUGGACAGGGAAUCAUAUCUUAAAGCUGUUAUCGAGGACAAAUCCCCUACGGGGACGUAUACGGAGAGUAAUUCCGACAGGAAUGAUACUCCUGACGAGAUCCUGAUGGUGGAAUGUGACUCCAGCGACUCUAAUCAAAAUCCUGUCAUCAGGAUGACCAGCUCCACCGUCUCUGAUAGCGAUAACAGCUAG